AUGCCGACAGUUCACCUCCUAGACUACGUUGCUGGCAACAUCCGAUCACUGGUCAAUGCCAUUGAGAAGGUUGGCUACCAAGUCGAGUGGAUCAAGUCACCGGAAGAUGUGUCAAAGGCAGAGAAACUCAUUCUGCCUGGUGUGGGUCACUUUGGCCACUGCUUGACCCAAUUCAACAACUCUGGCUAUGUCGAGCCCAUCAGGAAGCACAUUGCUGCUGGUAAGCCCUUCAUGGGUGUCUGUGUCGGUCUGCAGGCCCUGUUUGAAGGCUCCGAAGAGAACGACGAGGUGCCUGGCCUUGGUGUAAUUCCCGGCCGUCUCGAGCGAUUCGACGACUGGGACAAGAGUGUCCCUCACAUUGGCUGGAACUCGGCAAACACUGCCUCUGAACAUGGCCUCGAUGCCGACCAGAGCCUGUACGGCAUGCGUCCCGAUAGCAAAUACUACUACGUUCACUCAUACGCCAAGAUGUAUCAGCCCGGCGUCCUCGAGAAGGCCGGCUGGUCCGUAGCCACCGCCCGCUACGGCAACCAGGAAUUCGUUGGUGCCGUCGCAAAGGACAAUGUCCUGGUCACCCAGUUCCACCCUGAGAAGAGUGGUGCAGCAGGCUUGCGCGUCCUCAAGGCCUUCCUGAACGGCGACCGUCUCACCACCCUGCCACAAACACCCGACGCCUCAGCCACAAAGGAAGGUCUCACCCGCCGUAUCAUCGCCUGCCUCGACGUCCGCACAAACGACCAAGGCGACCUUGUAGUCACAAAAGGAGACCAAUACGACGUUCGUGAAAAGGAAGAAGGCGCCGCCGUCCGCAACCUCGGCAAACCCGUCUCCAUGGCCCAAAAGUACUACGAACAAGGCGCCGACGAGGUCACCUUCCUCAACAUCACCUCCUUCCGCGAGACUCCUCUGAAAGACCAACCCAUGCUCGAAAUCCUUCGUCAAGCUUCAUCGACCGUCUUCGUGCCCCUCACAAUCGGCGGCGGCAUCCGCGACACGAAAGACCCCGAGACAAACACCGUAGUCCCCGCCCUGGAGGUCGCUACCUUGUACUUCAAGUCGGGCGCCGACAAAGUAAGCAUUGGCUCCGACGCCGUCACCGCUGCCGAGGAAUAUUACGCCAACAACAGCACCCUCUCCGGCAAGACCGCCAUCGAAACAAUCUCCAAAGCCUAUGGUGUGCAAGCCGUCGUCGUCUCCGUCGACCCCCGCAGAAUCUACGUCAAAGACCCCAAAGAUACGCCCCACCACACGCUCAAGACGCCAUACCCAGGUCCUAACGGCGAGGAGUAUUGCUGGUACGCAUGUACCAUCCACGGCGGCCGCACCACCUCCGACCUCGACGUCAUCCAACUCUGCAAAGCCGUCGAAGCAAUGGGCUGCGGAGAAAUUCUACUGAACUGCAUUGACAAGGACGGCACGAAUUCAGGCUUUGACUUGGAACUGAUCCGCUCAGUCAAGGACGCCAUCAAGAUUCCUGUUAUUGCGAGCAGUGGAGCGGGUAAUCCUGGUCACUUCAAGCAGGUGUUUGACGAGACUACUGUGGAUGCUGCGUUGGGGGCUGGCAUGUUCCACCGUGGCGAGUAUACGGUUAGACAGGUCAAGGAGGUGUUGGAGAAGGAUGGGUUGCUGGUUAGAAGGUUUGAAGAUGAGGUUUAG